AUGCUUCGUCUUCCUACCAGAUUAGCGCCACCACCCCUUGUCCUACACUGCCUCACCUCCAAGGAUGGAUGUCGCAACAUUUGGUACUGCAGCGCUGACUGCCAAAGGAGGCAUUGGCGCUUCCACAUCUUCGACUGCAAAAGAGAGAAACCCAUUGACACUGCUUAUCACCUCGCUCGUGCAUGCUACGCCGACCUAGAGCCCAUCGACGCGCAGACCAGGAUCGACUAUGGCUUUGACAAGGCCUCUCGAAUACUGGGUCCACAUGCCGAGACGAUGAUCUGUGGCUUGUGGAUAGGCGUCUUUGUCGUCCACAACGUCGAUGCAAAGGAAGUGUGCAAGUGGCGGAAGGAGGGUAGGCUGGUGGAAGGAAUCAAGGAGACGUACGAGCGUAAUUCAGAAGGCUGGACUCAAGGCGCGUACUACCCCUGGUUCCUGCAGCAUCAGUGGCUACUUGAUGGCACCCCAGUGGACGAAAUGCGUGCGCAUCAGUAUGGGCUUGAUGCCGCCGAUAAGAUGCUCUGCGACGGAUGGGUUUACGCGGGAGGCUCCUCCAAUGACACCGCAGAGGACAUCCGGAGGACACUGGCGACCCUCCCUCGCGAUCGCGCCGAAUGCCAUCGCUUAUACGCUCUCCUGAUCUCCGGAGCGCAUCCCAAUCCGUCAAUCUCGAUGUGGCUCAGUUUCGGCUUUGUCUCAGCAAUGGAUCCAGGCGAGGAGAUGCAAUACGCACGCAAGUACAAGGAACUCAUCGAACUCUGUACCUUCAACGAGUUCUCCGCUGCCUAUGAGACGUCGUCCAUACCUGCUCUAUUCGACCGCUACGAGGUGGAUACGUCUGUGGUUCACUUCCCUAUGAAUCACUCGCCACUUUUCCUUGACGUUAUGUCCGGUUCCCCGAGGUCUUACAAGAGCGUCUGGGUCCUGAAGCAGUACAUCGACCAACUCAUUUGCGCGGAGCCGGACGACGUCCUUGAACCUGUUCCAUCUGCCGCCGUGGACUACGGCUUCGUCAAAUGCAGGAAUGCGCUGGACCGGAAACUGCUGGAUGACUUGUACAGGAGGCUCUUCUCAGAGCGCGACGCUGACCCCCUUGCGCUGCAUGAGGCGUGCCUCAAGGGCCAGCUCUUGGAGUAUGCGCAGGGCUCCGUGAAGCUCGCCCCGUACCUGACGAGGUACAAGCGACUUCUGGGCAAUCAAUACCCACUUCAUUUUGUUGCGGAAGAAGGUCAUACUCCUGACCAGGCUACGACGACUGAUGUCCGGCCGGAAAUGCUCUUGGAAGAACCCUCCUAUGAGCUUCCUAGUCCCGACCACGGUCAUUCGUGUACCGGCGAGGUUUCUGCGCCAGCGGUUUGUGCCGGACCUUCCAAUUCUCCCGAUUGUGACCAUAUUCAUCUUCAGUCCGAUGAACCUACAACUAUGACCGAGACGCCGCCGGACCCGCUGUUGGUUACCACCCCUUCGACAGAGCCGCCCGAUGACUCACAUCCCACGACCUGGUCCUGCCUGAUUGCAUGA